CUUCUUUUCACUUUCCUCAACAACAUGUCCUGACCCGACCAAUGCACAUUCGUCGGCAAACGGAUAUGGCUGAGUUCGCUAAUCGCACCUCCCACUCUUAUCUCUCUUUGACGCCAAAACAUCGCGAUUGCUGUUUCCUAAGCCCAUCUGCAUGUCAUCUUUUACCGAGAGGGAAUCUGCGCCCUGCGCAUCAUCGCCGACCAUCACUUUUGCGAAAGAUUCCAUCAAUACACUAGAGUCUAUCGUGGCCUAAUACUCCUACCUAUCCUAAUCUAUCGUUACUGGUGCCUACGGCGACCAAUUCGUUGUCGCGAUGGACGGCACUUCAAUCGAUUUCGCCACCUCCAAGGACUGGCUCGAUAUCAUGAAAAACCGGUCAAAACUACGAAUGCAUGAGUUGAUCGAGCGUCUGGGACUUCGCGCAAAAUGGAGCCAAAAUAAGCGGGGUAAAACUAAUUUCGAGAGUGCGCUGGUGAGAGACCUAGUCACAGACAUGAGCGACGUUGUUGCGACGCUUCCGAAAGAGCAGGACGAUCUUGUAAAGUUUCUAUCGAAGGCGGGCAGUCUCAAAGAGGAGGUUGAGGGCCUACUGCAGAAGCACGGCUCUGCUAUCUGGGGGAGAGUAGGUGAUAGGGAACACCUAAUUAGCGUGGGCGAACCCGGAGUUGAGGAGGGGAUUUAUCCUAGGGAUCUCUACUUUGAGAACGAGGAGGAUAGAGCGCAGAUCGAGAUUUUGCUCCAUUGGUGGCUUGGGAUGAAAGCAAUCAAUGUCAUCCUCGCUCGCGAACGUUUGGACCGUGAGAGGAAAAAGAAAGAGGAGAACAGGAGGGCAAGAAUAGAGCUCGAUAAUCCUCAGGACGCCUCUUCCUCCACAUUUGUCGCGCUCGCACCCAAUGCUAGCGGGCCGGCGAUGCCAACGCUCAACACGAACGUACCUUCGAUAUCAUCUAUAGAGGCUGUCCGCCAUAUGCAGGCCCUCCAGAGCGAGAACGUGUCUCGAGGUAGUCCCAUCUCGACAUCAAUGGUCACGCCGCCGGAGUCAAGUGAGAGUCCUAUCGUUACUGCGAGAGGCAGUAUUGGCAACGGUGAUGCCGUCCACUUUACUACCGUAAACGCACACCCACCUCAGGCUGCUCCAAUGCAAACUGUCAUGGAAGGAGUGUGGAAUCGGCUGGCUACAGGCGGGAUGAAUGGGUCUCGACACGGAAGUAUAUCGUCACAAGGGCCCAUAAGCACGUCGUCAUGGUCAGCGGUAAAUACAGCCCCGCAACCAGCAGGGCCCAGACGAACGUCGUUGGCGAUGGAAACAACACAACAGCCAGCGCCGCAAGCAGCAAUGAAUACAUCGCCGGACGCAAUCCGGCAAUUAGGAGCUGAGCUCUCAAAGCUGGUUUCGGACCUUACGCCUGAGAGCAAAGCAACGACAAAUGGCAACAGUAUCUCAUCUGCUACUCCGCAAACCAUACACGACGAAACCCUACGAAACGGCGGUCCAUACCGCGGUCUUGACGUGGAUACCCUGCUCGCGCUCCGCGCCUACAUCUAUCAAGAAGAGACUAGCGUGCCUUGGGACGAAGACACACUUCUGCUCAAACUGGAGAUUGCGUGGCGAGAAGGCGUCAGAUCUGACUACAACCGCAUGCAGGACAACAUACUCGUCUUCGUUGCACGGGAACGCGCGUUUCUCACUUGGAUAGAACUAAAGCGUCAUCUAGCGGACCUAGACCGCGCUGACAAACGCUGGCGCGAAGAAGGCACCACAGCACCCGAGAUCGAGCGUCGCAUCCAGCAACACAGAACGCUUAUGGGUGCGACACGCGAACUCAUCCGGAACUGGGAGGACAUAGGGCAGGUCGCCGGCGCCGGCGCCGCCGACAAAGACGAGCUUCUUCGCCAGGCCUUCGUGGUGCUGGCGGGCGAGAAGUACGCGGUCGAGCUGCAGUGGAAGAGCGUAGAGUUUACGGGGGUAAUGCGGUGGCUGGCAGAGCACCUGGAGGGGUUUAGGAGGGAAGAGGAAGAGGAGGGCGAGGGUGUGUAUUAUUUCGGCUAAUUGACUCCGCCAUUGACGCAAGCGGAGAGGAGUUAGCGGCGCAUACUCGCAUGUUCUUGGUACCUUAGCGCGAUAGUGUUUGCUUUGUGGCUGGCUUCUGGAUUCCUAGCAUGUAAUAAUUCGCGAUGGCUUUCAAGGUUCUGGAUAAAGCUUGUAAUCAAAACCUCAGGGUGGCCGGAUGACGUUCCCAUCUCGUAAAAAGGGCUCCAGGGCUGCUGGCGGCCUGAGCCGAUGAGUAAUGGGAUGCCGGACGAGGGCAUGUACUCGCGCUAGACGCAGACAGGGU